AUGUUUGUUCUCUUCUUCUUGUGCAACCUUUCCUUGGUACCAGCGGCUGCUUCAAAGAAUAAAGUUAAAGGCAGCCAAGGGCAGUUUCCACUAACACAGAAUGUAACGGUUGUAGAAGGUGGAACUGCAAUUUUGACCUGCAGAGUUGAUCAAAAUGAUAACACCUCCCUCCAGUGGUCAAAUCCAGCUCAACAGACUCUGUACUUUGAUGACAAGAAAGCUUUAAGGGACAAUAGGAUCGAGCUGGUUCGCGCUUCCUGGCAUGAACUGAGUAUCAGUGUCAGUGAUGUGUCUCUCUCGGAUGAAGGACAGUAUACCUGUUCUUUAUUUACAAUGCCUGUCAAAACUUCCAAGGCCUAUCUCACUGUUCUGGGUGUUCCUGAGAAGCCUCAAAUUAGUGGAUUUUCAUCACCAGUUAUGGAAGGAGACUUGAUGCAGCUGACUUGUAAAACAUCUGGUAGUAAACCUGCAGCUGAUAUAAGAUGGUUCAAAAAUGACAAAGAGAUUAAAGAUGUAAAAUAUUUGAAAGAAGAAGACGCAAAUCGCAAGACAUUCACUGUCAGCAGCACACUGGAUUUCCGAGUGGACCGGAGUGACGAUGGAGUGGCGGUAAUCUGCAGAGUAGACCAUGAAUCCCUCAAUGCCACACCUCAGGUAGCCAUGCAGGUGCUAGAAAUACACUAUACACCAUCAGUUAAGAUUAUACCCUCCACUCCUUUUCCACAAGAAGGACAGCCUUUAAUUUUGACUUGUGAAUCCAAGGGAAAACCACUGCCAGAACCUGUUUUGUGGACAAAGGACGGCGGAGAAUUACCAGAUCCUGACCGAAUGGUUGUGAGUGGGAGGGAGUUAAAUAUUCUUUUCCUGAACAAAACGGAUAAUGGUACAUAUCGAUGUGAAGCAACCAACACCAUCGGCCAAAGCAGCGCAGAGUAUGUUCUCAUUGUCCAUGAUGUUCCCAACACUUUGCUUCCCACUACUAUCAUCCCCUCCCUUACCACUGCAACAGUCACAACCACUGUAGCCAUAACAACCAGCCCAACCACAUCUGCAACAACCAGCAGCAUAAGAGAUCCCAAUGCUCUGGCUGGCCAGACUGGCCCUGACCAUGCACUUAUAGGAGGAAUAGUGGCUGUAGUUGUGUUUGUCACACUGUGUUCUAUAUUUCUGCUUGGUCGAUAUCUGGCAAGACAUAAAGGAACAUAUUUAACGAAUGAAGCUAAAGGAGCGGAAGAUGCACCAGACGCUGACACAGCUAUUAUCAAUGCUGAAGGCAGCCAAGUCAAUGCUGAAGAGAAAAAAGAGUAUUUCAUUUAAAAUGCAGGCCAAGAUUCUGCGUUGUACUCACAAGGCUGGCUGCUGGAGAAAACUGGCUCUCAUCUUUCAGAAUUCAUUUCUACCAUCUUCUGCUACCUUUAUUAACUUCCAUACCGUACUGCUAUCAGUAGCCAGUGUGUACCAACAAUCAGCUGUCGAAACAUCAUUCUUUAAUUACUGUACCAUCCAUCAUGCAGGACAUUUCUUACUGCCUAAAUUUCACACCAUUGCUCUUUUAACAUACAGUGCUUGAAUAUACAGCCUUAACAAUGUUAAUCAUCUCCUUGGAACAUGAUAUUGAGUUGUUUUUAUACAUUGAAAAAAAUGUAUGCAGAAUUCCGCCCCCACCACCACCACGACCCAAUUUUUUUUUUUUUCUUUCCUGAAAUCAUAGAUCUUAUUGGUUGGCCGUUGGACAGAUUUCACAAGUAACAGGAUUAGGUACAAUCCUAAUGUGCUUAAGUUCAAUCGAAGAUUAGAGGUUUACAGAUAAUGUUUUCUACAUGUCUAUCUGGAAAGACAACAUGUUUUGGAAACAUAUGCCCUGGAAAACAUAAAGUGAAAACACUGUAGUGUAGUUUUUGGAAUGUUUGAGAUACUGGUAAAACUGUAUCAAUUUGCUAUUUAAAAUUAUAGUAUUUGAUAC